GAUUGAUUCCUACAGUGGGCAGCAGGUCAGUGGUGUGCUCGUGGUGGAGCUGUCAAGUGCAAGAAGCUUUCAGAGCCGUACGAUUGUACUUGUGAGUCUGACUUCGAUAUCGUUGAGCCCGCACCACCAGCAUGCCCGGCCACGUUAAGAAGAGCACGGGUCCCGACCCCGACCCCACUGAAUACCUCUUCAUCUCUCGGGAGCAGAGGAUGAAGGAUCAGACGAAACCCUACGAUCCUAAGAAGUCCUACUGGUGUCCUGACCCCAAUGAGGGCUUCGUCGAGUGUGAGCUUCAGGGUGCUAAGGGUGAUAAACUUGUCACAGUUAAGGUUCCCAGUGGCGAGAUGAAGGACUUCAAGAAGGAGCAGGUCGGACAGGUCAACCCUCCCAAGUACGAGAAGUGUGAGGAUGUGUCCAACUUGACCUUCCUGAACGAUCCCUCCGUCUUCUACGUCCUCAAGUCCCGUUACCAGGCCAAGCUUAUCUACACCUACUCUGGUCUCUUCUGUAUCGCCGUCAACCCCUACAAGCGUUACCCCAUCUACACCAACCGCGCCGUCAAGAUUUACAUUGGCAAGAGGCGUAAUGAGGUGCCCCCUCAUCUCUUCGCCAUCUGCGACGGUGCCUACCAGAACAUGAAUCAAGAACGUCAGAACCAGUCUAUGCUUAUCACCGGUGAAUCUGGUGCCGGCAAGACUGAGAACACAAAGAAGGUGUUGUCUUACUUCGCCAACGUCGGUGCCACCGAGAAGAAAGAGGGCGAGAGCAAACAGAAUCUUGAGGACCAGAUUAUCCAAACCAACCCCAUCCUUGAAGCUUACGGCAAUGCCAAGACCACCCGUAACGACAACUCUUCUCGUUUCGGUAAGUUUAUCCGCGUCCACUUCGCUCCAAACGGCAAGCUUUCCGGCGCUGACAUCGAGGUCUACCUGCUGGAGAAGGCUCGUGUCAUCUCCCAGUCCCCCGCCGAGCGAGGCUACCAUAUCUUCUACCAGCUCAUGUGCGACCAGAUCGACUAUGUCAAGAAGAUGUGCUUAUUGUCUGACGACAUCUACGACUACUACUACGAGGCGCAGGGUAAAGUUACCGUCCCAUCCAUCGACGACAAGGAGGACAUGCAGUUCACUCAUGAUGCUUUCGACGUCUUGAACUUCUCUCAUGAGGAAAGAGACAAUUGCUACAAGGUCACAGCUUCUGUCAUGCACCAUGGCAACAUGAAAUUCAAGCAGAGGGGUCGUGAGGAGCAGGCUGAGGCCGAUGGCACUGAGGCCGGAGAAAUUGUUGCUAAACUGCUCGGUGUUGACGCUGAGGAGCUCUACAGGAAUUUCUGCAAGCCCAAGAUCAAGGUCGGUGCCGAGUUCGUCACCAAGGGUAUGAAUGUCGACCAAGUAAACUACAACAUCGGUGCCAUGGCCAAGGGUCUCUUUUCACGUGUAUUCUCAUGGCUCGUCAAGAAGUGUAACAUGACACUUGAGACUGGCCAGACUCGUGCUAUGUUCAUCGGCGUACUGGAUAUUGCCGGUUUUGAGAUCUUCGACUUCAACGGUUUCGAGCAGAUCUGUAUCAACUUCUGUAACGAGAAGCUGCAGCAGUUCUUCAACCAUCACAUGUUCGUGCUGGAACAAGAAGAAUACGCAAAGGAGGGUAUUGUCUGGCAGUUCGUCGACUUCGGUAUGGAUCUGCAGGCCUGCAUUGAACUCUUCGAGAAGAAAAUGGGUCUCCUCUCCAUCCUUGAGGAAGAGUCCAUGUUCCCCAAGGCCACUGACAAGACCUUCGAGGAGAAGCUCAACAACAACCAUCUCGGAAAGUCUCGCUGCUUCAUCAAGCCCAAGCCUCCAAAGGCCGGCCAGCCUGAGAACCACUUUGCCAUCGUUCACUACGCUGGCACUGUGUCCUACAACCUGACUGGCUGGCUCGAGAAGAACAAGGAUCCUCUCAACGACACCGUCGUCGACCAGCUCAAGAAGGCCUCCAACGCCCUCACAGUCGAGAUCUUUGCUGACCAUCCCGGCCAGUCUGGUGAUGCUGGCGGCAAAGGAAAGGGAGGCAAGCAGCAGACCGGCUUCAAAACUGUGUCUUCUGGGUACAAGGAUCAACUUGCCAACCUGAUGAAGACUCUCAACGCUACUCAUCCUCACUUCAUCCGUUGCAUUGUGCCUAACGAGUUCAAGAAGCCCGGCGAAGUAGACUCUGGCCUCAUCAUGCAUCAGCUGACCUGCAACGGUGUACUUGAGGGCAUCCGUAUUUGCCAGAAGGGCUUCCCCAACAGGAUGCCUUAUAAAGACUUCAAGUUGCGAUACAACAUCCUAGCCGCUAAGGAGAUGCUUGAAGCGAAGGACGACAAGAAGGCAGCAACAGCUUGCUUCGAGAGGGCCGGCCUCAACCCUGAAUUGUAUCGUACAGGCAAUACCAAGGUAUUCUUCCGUGCUGGUGUCCUGGGUACCCUUGAAGAGGUCCGUGAUGACCGUAUUAUGAAACUGGUAUCCUGGCUUCAAGCAUGGGUUCGAGGCUGGGCCAGCCGCAAAUACUAUUCCAAGAUGCAAAAGCAGCGCACUGCUCUCAUCGUUAUGCAACGCAACAUCAGAAAGUUCAAGAUCAUGCGAUCCUGGCUCUGGUAUGAGCUCUGGAUCAUGCUGAAGCCCAGGCUCAAGGCCACUCGUGGUGAAGAGGAGCUGGAGAAACUGGAAGCUACUGCUGUUAAGGCUGAAGAAGAGUUUGGGAAGGUAGUUAAGGUUCGCGAAGAACUUGAAGCUCAGAAUGCACUUCUUAUGCAAGAAAGAAAUGAACUUUUGGCAGCUGUCGACUCUACUAAAGGUGGCAUGUCGGAAUAUUUGGACAAGCAAGCUAAACUUCUGGCCCAAAAGGCUGAGCUCGAGGGACAGCUUAAUGACACUUUGGAACGCCUGAGAAAGGAGGAAGACGCGCGCAACCAGAUUGCUAAUGGCAAGAAGAAAUGUGAACAAGAAGUUACUAACCUGAAGAAGGAGCUUGAGGAUCUCGAGCUUUCUGUCCAGAAGGGUGAGCAGGAUAAACAAACCAAGGAUCAACAGCUUACAAACUUAAACGAGGAGAUCUCUCACCAGGAAGAGCUCAUUACCAAAGUUAACAAGGAAAAGAAACACCUUCAGGAAUGCAACCAGAAGACAGCCGAAGACCUUCAGGGCGUUGAAGAUAAAUGCAACAAUCUGAAUAAAGUUAAGACAAAGUUAGAAUCCAGCCUUGAUGAACUUGAAGAUACUUUGGAGCGCGAGAAGAAGCUUCGUGCUGAGGUUGAGAAGUCAAAGAGGAAGGUUGAAGGUGACCUUAGGCUGACUCAGGAAGCUGUUUCUGAUCUGGAACGCAAUCUCAAGGAACUUGAAGUUGCAGCUGAGCGCAAGGAAAAGGAAAUUGCUGCCAUCACUGCCAAGAUUGAGGAUGAACAGGCUCUUGUGUACAGGGACCAGAGGCAGGUUAAGGAACUGCAAGCUCGUCUUGAGGAACUCGAGGAGGACGUUGAGCAUGAGCGUCAGGCCCGUGGCAAGGCCGAGAAAGCCAAAAAUGUUUUGUCUCGCGAGCUGUCAGAACUUGGAGAGCGACUGGAUGAAGCUGGCGGCGCUACCGCGGCUCAGAUCGAAAUCAAUAAGAAGCGUGAAGGUGAACUGGGCAAGGUCCGCCGCGACAUUGAGGAGUCCAACCUUCAGCAUGAGGCUGCUCUUGCCACUCUCCGCAAGAAGCACAACGACGUCGUUGCAGAGAUGUCUGAGCAAGUUGACUACCUCAAUAAGAUGAAGGCCAGGACUGAGAAGGACAAAGAAGCCAUGAAGCGAGAUGCUGAUGAUGCUAAGGCUUCCAUGGAUUCACUUGCUCGUGACAAGACAACCGCUGAGAAGACCACCAAGCAGCUUCAGCACCAGUACGGCGAGCUCUGCGCCAAGUUAGAUGAGGUCAAUCGCACUCUGAGUGACUUUGACGCCACCAAGAAGAAGCUUGCCUGCGAGAACGCUGACCUUGUUCGCCAGCUGGAAGAGGCCGAAAACCAGGUCAGCCAGCUGUCAAGGGUCAAGCUUUCUCUCACCAACCAGCUCGACGACACCAGGAAGAUGUGCGAUGAAGAGAGCAGAGGUCGUGCCACUCUCCUGGGUAAGUUCCGCAACCUGGAGCACGAUAUUCAAGCUCUCCGUGAUCAGCUGGAUGAGGAGAGCGAUGCCAAGGGAGAUGUUCUCCGAAUGCUGUCUGCUGCUAACGCUGAAGCUCUCAUGUGGCGCUCCAAGUAUGAGUCUGAGGGUGUUGCCCGUGCAGAGGAACUCGAGGCUGCUCGAAUGAAGCUCGCCGCUCGCCUUGAGGAGGCCGAAAUGCAAAUCGAGUCUCUUAAUGUGAGGAACCUGCAUCUCGAGAAGACUAAAAUGCGUGCUGCUGCUGAGCUGGACGACCUCCAUGCUUCUGCUGAGCGUGCACAGGCCCUCGCUAGUGCUGCUGAAAAGAAGCAGAAGAACUUCGACAAGAUCAUUUCCGAAUGGAAACUGAAGGUUGAUGACUUGGCCGCUGAGGUAGAUGCCUCUCAGAAGGAAUGCCGCAACUACUCCACCGAGCAUUUCCGCCUGAAGGCCGCCAAUGAUGAGAACAUCGAACAGCUUGACAGCAUUCGCCGAGAGAACAAGAACCUGAGCGACGAGAUCAGGGAUCUGAUGGACCAGCUUGGUGAGGGUGGCCGUGCAUACCAUGAAGUUCAGAAGAAUGCCAGACGUCUUGAGCUCGAGAAGGAAGAACUCCAGGCUGCUCUUGAGGAGGCUGAGGCCGCUCUCGAGCAAGAAGAGAACAAGGUCCUCCGCACUCAACUUGAACUCAGCCAAGUCAGGCAAGAGAUUGACAGGCGUGUUCAGGAGAAGGAGGAAGAAUUCGACAACACACGCAAGUGUCACCAGAGAGCUAUCGACUCCAUGCAAGCUUCUCUUGAGGUUGAAGCCAAGGGUAAGGCCGAGGCUCUUCGCAUGAAGAAGAAGCUUGAGUCCGAUAUCAACGAGCUCGAGAUUGCCCUUGACCACGCCAAUAAGGCAAACUCUGACCUUCACAAACACCUUAGGAGGGUCCAUGAUGAAAUCAAGGAUGCGGAAACCCGUGUUAAGGAGGAGCAGCGUGUUGCCUCCGAGUUCCGUGAACAGUAUGGCAUUGCUGAACGCCGCUUCAACGCCCUUCACGGAGAGCUUGAAGAAUCCCGCACUCUUCUGGAACAGUCUGACCGCGGCCGUCGCCACGCUGAGACUGAGCUCAAUGAUGCACGUGAACAGAUCAACAACUUCACUAACCAGAAUACUGCUCUCACUGCCUCAAAGAGGAAGCUUGAAGGUGAAAUGUCAACACUCCAGGCAAAGAACUCUGAGGGGAAGGCAAAGAAGGCAAUGCUUGACGCUGCACGUCUGGCCGAUGAACUUCGCUCUGAGCAGGAAUAUGCUCAGGCCCAAGAGAAGAUGCGUAAGGCCUUGGAAAUUACUGCUAAGGAUCUCCAGACCCGUCUCGAGGAAAGUGAGAGUGCUGCCAUGAAAGCUGGUAAGAAGGCAGUCAGUAACAUGGAAGCUCGCAUUCGUGAUCUCGAGUCCGCGCUGGAUGAUGAGACUCGCCGUCACGCCGAUUCCCAGAAGAACCUGAGGAAGUGCGAGAGGCGCAUCAAGGAGCUCGCCUUCCAGACCGACGAGGACAAGAAGAACCACGACAGGAUGCAGGACCUCGUCGAUAAGCUCCAGCAGAAGAUCAAGACCUACAAGCACCAGAUCGAGGAGGCUGAGGAGAUCGCCGCCCUCAACCUGGCCAAGUUCCGCAAGACUCAGCAGGAAUUGGAGGAAUCUGAGGUUUAGAUAUGCACUAUCAUCUGACAAUGAAGAUAUUCAUUUAUUUGGAAAAUUUGUGCAAUGAAUACAUAUCCUAUAA